UUUAGUCCGGAUAUCCUGGUUUUGCGGAGGACCAUUCAGUGCGAGGAUGAGAAGGAACUGAGAGGUGGAGAGGAUCGCAGGUCGAGGUCGGGCGGCGCUGCGGGACCAUGUCUGUGGCAGGGCUGAAGAAGCAGUUUCAUAAAGCCACACAGCGUGUCAGUGAAAAAGUUGGUGGUGCAGAGGGAACCAAGCUUGAUGAUGACUUCAAAGAAAUGGAAAAGAAGGUGGAUGUCACCAGUCGAGCAGUGAUAGAAAUAAUGACGAAGACAACAGAAUAUCUGCAGCCCAAUCCAGCCUCCAGAGCAAGACUGACGAUGAUCAACACAAUGUCAAAGAUCCGAGGACAAGAGAAGGGACCCGGCUAUCCCCAGGCAGAGGGCCUGCUGGGUGAAAGCAUGAUCAAAUUUGGCAAGGAGCUUGGUGAAGAAUCUAAUUUUGGGCAGGCUCUAAUGGAUGCUGGGGAAACGAUGAAACAACUGGCUGAGGUCAAAGAUGCCCUGGAUAUGGAAGUAAAGCAAAACUUCAUUGAUCCACUGCAGAAUCUUCAUGACAAAGACCUGAAAGAAAUACAGCAUCAUCUGAAGAAAAUGGAAGGACGCCGAUUGGAUUUUGACUACAAGAAGAAAAGACAAGGGAAAAUCCCAGAUGAUGAGAUUCGACAGGCACUGGAGAAAUUUGAUGUCAAAGAAAUUGCAGAAUCGAGCAUGUUUAACCUACUGGAGAGUGAUAUUGAGCAAGUGAACCAGCUUACAGCGUUGGUGCAAGCGCAGCUUGAAUAUCACAAACAGGCGGCACAGAUUUACCAGGACCUCUCCGUGCAACUGGAGCAGCGAAUGAGGGAGGCGACAGCACGCCCUCGAAGGGAAUACAAACCGAAACCUCGCUUGACUUAUGAUUUUGCAGAUGAUGCUCAGCCGAAUGGUGGAGUGACUCACAGUGGUCAAAAGACGCCAGGCACACCGUUCGACCAACCAUGUUGCAGGGCUGCGUAUGACUUUGAACCGGAGAAUGAAGGAGAGCUGGGCUUCAAAGAAGGCGAUGUCAUCACUCUCACCAAUCAAAUCGAUGACAACUGGUAUGAAGGGAUGCUUCAUGGACAGUCGGGAUUUUUUCCUAUCAACUAUGUUCAAGUAUUAGUCCCUUUACCUCAUUAGGAUAAUUAUUGUAACCCAACCUGCCAUUAUAUUUGUGCCACUUGUUCAACUGAUAGAGGUGGUGCAGUUUGUGAGAUUGUCUGAUGCAGUGACACUGGUUAUCAAUGAGCUCCCUUGGUGUAAAGUCUUUGGUUUACAUGUAUCAUAAUCCUAAUUGUUGCACUCAGUACCAUCUGUAGUGAAUAUAGGCACAAAUGUUGCUGAUCCUUACUAUUUUGGAUAUGUUUAGUUCAUUCUGCCCUCAGUGAGGACUACAGCACAACCACCAUGCUUAACAAAGCACAAUCGAGUUGUGGAUGUAACCAGUAAAUGCUUCACCAUUCCCAUCCUUUGUGUCCACGUGUGAAUCCUGCUGCAUCUUGCUUACCUUAUUUUUGUAACAGUGGUAAAGCUGUACAGUUUGGUUCCUGAGAAUAUAUUUAUCUAAACUAAAACAAGAAAGAAUAUAUGUGCUAUAUGAAUUGUUUUAUUCUAUUUGUGCUAAAUCUGAAAAUACAGUGAUUGAAAACUUGGUUGCUUAAUGUGUGAAACCCCAUCAAUUAAAAUGGUCAGUAAACUCUC